CACUGCCUAUUUAUGUCCUACAUUUUUAAAACGAAAACAAAAACAGAAACAAAAAACCAAAACAAUGUUGCCAGAAGACUGUGUAUCCACAAUUCUCUCCAACACCUCACCUCUGGAUGCAUGUUGGUCUUCGUUGGUAUCGUCUUGGUUUUGUUCUGCAGCAAAUUCUGACACUGUUUGGAAGAGGUUCUUGCCCUCUGAUUAUGAAGGCAUUGUUUCAAGAUCAGUAACUCCUUUGAAAUUCUCUUCAAAGAAAGAGCUAUUUGUUUGUCUUUGUGAUCCCAUUCUCAUAGAUGGUGGAAAUAAGAGCUUUGCAUUGGAAAAAUCAACUGGACUAAAAUCAUACAUACUCUCUGCAAGAGAACUUUCCAUUACAUGGGGCAAUCAACCAAUGUAUUGGAGCUGGAAGUUCAUGUCUGGAUCAAGGUUUUCAGAGGUGGCUGAGCUCAGGACAAUUUGGUGGUUAGAAAUACAUGGGAAAAUUAGAACACAGACACUAUCAGCGAACACAACAUAUGGAGCUUAUCUCAUCAUGAAAAUCUCUCACCGUGCUUAUGGGCUUGAUUCAAUGCCAUCAGAGGUAUCGAUUAGCAUAGGAGAUCGUGUAUAUACCAACACCGCCUAUCUAAGCUGUCGGGAGCAGAUGGAAGGCCUCUGUUACUCUAAUCGCACGCAAAUGUUGAGAUGCAGGGCGGCGGAAGGGGAAGGGCGAGUCCCAUGUGAGAGAAAGGAUGGGUGGAUGGAGAUUGAGCUUGGAGAGUUCUUCAGUGGUGAAAAGGAUGAAGAAGUGAAGAUGAGUUUGAUGGAGGUUAAAGGGUAUCAAUUGAAAGCAGGGCUUAUCAUUGAAGGCAUUGAAGUCAGGCCCAAGUAAUUAAUCAAACAUGUGUUUUUCAUCUUUAGGGAUGAAUAUGUUUUUAUAGCAAUGUUAGGUAUUAUGAAAAAUCUUUCAUGAAAAUGAUCAUGAAAGACUUGUGACCAUUGGAUUACACUUAUAAUAAAGCACCACACACUAAUCAAGGUAAUUUAAGGGUCACAAAUUUUUCAAGAUCAUGAAAUUUUUUUCAUGAAAAUGAUCAUGAAAGGCUUGUGACCAUUG